AUUUUUGCCAAUAAAUUUAAAUCCCAUCAAGGUACAUAGAUAAAAAAAAUAGUAAACAGCAGUGUAACAUUGAGUGCUUAAUUGAUAAUAAAUCCGUUUUUGUAUUGACAUGGUUAUUCUGUCGUCAACAUUGUAAGACUUUUAAAGUGAGUUUCACGUUUGCCAGUUAAAAUGCGAAUUUUCGGUUUAAAUUUCGACGCCUGGGACACCACAUUUGAAAGAAAACUAUACAUGGUAUUCGCUGGCGGAGCGUAUUUUGCAACCGUAUAUUCGGGGAGCGUUUCAGUAAUUUUUUGCAUUUGUUUAUUAUUUACCCCUUUUUGGUGGUUAGUUCUACUCUACAUAUCCUGGCUUUUUCUUGACAGGCAUACACCUAGUCAAGGCUCCCGCACUGUAAAUUUUUUGGAAAACAUUAUAUUUUGGAAAUACGUCCACAACCACUUCCAAAUUAAUCUUAAACUAACUCCUGAUUUUGAACUAAACCCAAGCCAAAACUACCUCUUUGCCUGCUUUCCGCACGGAGUUAUGCCGAUGGGAUGUCACGCAACCAUCGCCAAUUCGUAUUCAAAAUUUCGUAGUUUAUACCCCGAUUUUCGAGUAAAAAUUGCUACACUUUCAUUUUUCUUUCUUUUCCCAAUUCUACGAGAUUUAGCAAUGGGUGUGGGUUUUAUAUCUUGUUCGUUUAAAUCCCUAGUUAGUGUUUUAAGUGAUCCGAAAGGUGGCGAAAUCGUGCUCUUGUUUCCCGGAGGCGCGUUGGAAUGUUUUUAUAAUCAGAAUCAACCUCAACGUUUUCGCUGUGUUGUCAAACAAAGAAAAGGUUUCGUGAAAGCGGCUUUCGUAAGCGGGGCUGCUUUAGUGCCGGUUUUAACCUUUGGGGAAAACGAUUUACUAGCUGUCAGAGGGAGCUUUUGGAAACAUAUCAGUUUUAUUACGAAAAAAUUUCCUACUCUUGCUUCUGGACUUUUCUAUGGAAGAGGAGUUUUCCAAGACAAUUUUGGUUGGGUUCCAAGGGAUAUACCCUUAAUGACAGUUGUUGGAACACCUAUUAAAGUUUCCAAAACAGAAUAUCCAACUAGUGAACAAAUUGACGACCUCCACGAGAAGUUUCAAGAAGAGUUGGUGAAGUUGUUCGACAAGUAUAAAUACCAAUACUUCGAUAGCCCCCAGGAUAAAUGUCUUGAAUUGGAGUAAUUUUUUUGUUUUGAUUUUGAUUUCAACACUUAAAAAUCCAUAUAGUAUUGGCUUGUCAAAGAAUGCUUUUGGCAAAAAUUUCGUUUCUUGACCAAGAAAUAUACAACUCUUGCCUGUCUUUUAUUUUGGGAGAUGAGUUUUCCAAAGUAAAGGUAAAGGAAAGGUUUUAGAAUUGGUAUAAAACUAUGUUUAAAUAUUUGUUUUAUUCAGAAAAGUCUUACAAUAAAUUAAACUGAUAAAAAACGCAAAU